AUAUACUUUAAUUAAAAUUUUAUUUCGGUAGACUCUUGAUUAAACAAAAAGUGUUGAUAUGAAUAUGUUGCCUGUGGAUUUCAUAGAUUAUUUUAAUAAAUUUCAACUAGAAGCUUCAAAUGCUUCACCGGAAGAUUUUUCUGAUAAACUUAAUCUAUUCACAUCAUUACUAUUUUUGAUUUGUACAAUUGUCAUUACAUUAAAACAAUAUGUAUUUAAUAGUAUGUCAUGUUAUAUACCCGUACAUCCAACUGGGAAAGAUUUUGAAAAUUUCCUAUCUGAUUAUUGUUGGGUACAUGGGACAAUACCAUUAAGACAAAAUGAACCAAUGCCAAAAACACCGGAAGAAUGGAGUAUUUAUGAAAAACAACGUCGAAUAUAUUCAUCUAUAUUUUUAUGGAAUGAACCACAUUUUGUCGGAGACAACAUUUUACAGGAUAAUAACGAUAUUCGAUUAUUAAAUAGAACCUAA